AUGAGGUGGUAUACACGCCGUCGCUCUCGGACUGUCUGUCUAUCGCUGGCCGUUGCCUCCCUCUCUCUCCAUCUCCUCCUCACCGUCCUAUCCCGCUCCGUCUACCAGAACCACUGUGAUGCCCCCUCCCCUCGUCAGACACACCUCCACACCCUCCGAGCCCUGGUGGAUACCAACUACACCUCCAGGAUGUCGGACAACCACGCCAGCUAUUCCAAGAUAACCCCGGACACCAGAAAAGUGGACUCUUCCCAUAUGGACAUCAAUGGCCCUCAAAAAAUGGCCGAAAAGGACGCUGUCACAACCAGAAUGGCCGUCAAGGUAGGUCAUGGACGUAAGGAGAAAGGCCUAUGGGGUCCGGGAUGGGAAAUGAAAUUAGAGGCUCUUUUUAGCCAUCCGCUCUACAACAUGCCAACCCCGCCCAUCCAUGAAGAUGAUUGGCUGCUGAAGGUGAAGCCCAAAGGGAAGGCGCGCGAGACGAGCACACAGAUGUGGUGAGUUUAGGGAAGUAGCUGGACAUUGGAUGACUCAGCCCAUUGGAACAGGAGCAGUGACAGCCACCCCCCCUGGCUGAGGUUCCAUCUUGGUAUCUCCCGUUGGCAGCUCUACCCCCACCUGGACCCCAACAUGGCAUCUCUUGCUCAGCAGCUCAGCACACACCGUAUCGUCAGCGCAGUGCAGAAGUCUGGAGGGACACAGCUCAAGCUGGUGAUGUCAUUUCCUAACUACGGACAGCCUCUGUAUUCCUGUGUUGACUGUAUCUCUGUCAGACAAGAGCGUGAUGAGGAGACCAACUUCAACCUCUACUACUUCUCUGACUUUGAGAGACACAACGCAGAGAUCGCUGCUUUUCACCUGGACAGGGUGUUGGGUUACAGGCGGAUCCCCCCAGCCGUAGGAAGGCUGAUUGACGUGGUGACAGAGAUCAAAGACAUCACCACUGACCACAAACUGGCCCGGACCUUCUUCACCUCUCCUGUGAAUAAUGUGUGUUUCUAUGGCCAGUGUUCCUACUACUGCAGUACGGAGCACGCUGUGUGUGGUCGACCCCAGAACCUGGAGGCCUCCCUGGCCAUGAUGCUGCCGGACCCUUCCCUGGCCACCAGACGUACCUGGAGGUCUCCCUGGAAACGCUCCUACAGCCGCAGAAAACUGGCAGUGUGGGAGAAAGACCCAGACUACUGUGACACAGUGAAGAAGACCCCACCAUACAACAAGGGAACCAGACUGGUGGACCUGAUAGACAUGACUAUACUAGACUUCCUCAUGGGUAAUAUGGACCGACACCACUAUGAGACGUUUGAGAAGUUUGGCAACAACACUUUCCUUCUGCACUUAGACAAUGGGAGGGCGUUUGGACGCCACUCUAAAGAUGAACCCUCUAUCCUGACACCUCUGGAGCAGUGCUGCAGGAUCCGUCGCUCCACCCUCCUACAUCUGCGUCUCCUCUCCGUGCCCCAGUACCGUCUCAGUGAUGUCAUGAGGGACUCUCUUUCCCAUGAUCCUCUAUUCUCCGUGGCCCCCCUCCUCUCGGAGCUGCACCUCUCCGCCCUAGACCGUCGCCUAGUGACCGUGCUCCAAACCGUGAGCCGUUGCCAGGAGCGACAACGUAGUCGCCAUGGAGAAGGCGAUGAUGAUGUCAUCUAUGAUGAUGUCACUGAUUAUAAGACUUUGGUUAAACACGUGACACCUGCAGGGUAG